AUGUCCUCUUCGCCCGAUGAAAUGUCAACGGUAGAGGAGAAGGGAGCAGUAAUGCACACAGAAAUGCUUUCCUUGCCAGGCCUUAGCCGAGACGAUGCGCUGUUCCUGGCUUCAUUCCCUGAGGACAAGAAGAAGAAGAUGCUGAGAAAGAUCGAUUGGAGACUUCUUCCGGUCCUGCUGUUGCUGUACCUUAUCACUUACAUCGACAAGGCCAACAUUGGCAACGCCAAGAUUGAAGGGCUGCUCAAGGAUCUGCACAUGAGUGGCAGAGAGUACAACGUCGCCCUUGCCAUUUUCUUCAUCCCCUAUGUCAUCUUUGAGGUUCCCAGCAACAUCAUUUUGAAGCUGUUCAAGCGCCCGUCGCAGUAUCUGGCCUUACUUGUCUUCCUCUGGGGUGUGAUUAUGACGUGCUCCGGACUGGUGAAGACUUACGGCGGUCUCGUGGCGAUGCGUUUCCUGCUUGGUCUCUUCGAGGCUGGCUUUUUCCCGGGUGCGAUUCUGCUGAUCAGUGAAUGGUAUCUACCGAACGAGGUACAGACUCGCAUCGCCGUUCUGUACUCCUCAGCGGCAACUGGUGGCGCCUUCUCGGGACUGCUUGCCUUCGGUAUUUCGAAGAUGGGUGGUAUUGCUGGCUUUAAGCCGUGGCGUUGGAUCUUCAUCAUCGAGGGCUGUGCCACACUCGUUGCAGCAGCAAUCUGCUUUUUCUGCCUUAUUGACAGCCCUGCCCUCUCUUCGCGAUGGCUUGAUGCGGACGAGAUCAGGUAUCUCCAGCUACGCCAAGCCGCCAGGCGCAUUACAAACUCUGAGGAGUACCGUACGAAGUACUUUGAUUGGCGCAUUCUAUGGGACGUCUUGACCGACUGGAAGAUCGUCCUGCUUUUCUUCGCCAAUUGGUCGCAAGCAGUUCCGAACUACGCACUCAAAUUCGCAAUGCCUUCGAUCAUGACUGGCAUGGGCUACAAAUCCGCGAACGCACAGUUAAUGACCAUUCCACCUUACGCGUGCGGCGCAAUCAUGUCGUACAUUCUGGCACGCAUUGCUGAUAAGAAGACCUGGCGCAUGCCUUUCAUUGUCGCGCCUCAGCUCUUGCUUAUCGUCGCCUAUGGUAUUUUAUCGGCGAAAGCUGGCAACAUCAAGCACAACGUUGGGCUUUGCUACUUUGCAGUCUGCUUGGCUUGCGCUGGGCUAUAUCCGAUCUUCCCUGGCGUGAGCGCGUGGAACGUCGCAAACCUUUGGGGUCCUACGAAACGAGGUAUGGGCAUCGCCUAUCUCAUCGCAGUCGGCAACAUCGGAGGCUUGAUUGGAAGCUUCAUAUACAUCGACAAGGAAGCGCCCAAGUACCCUACCGGUUAUGGAACUUCUUUGGGUUUCGCCGCUGCUGGUAUCGCGGCUUGCUUCGUUCUGGAGUAUGCUUUGUGGACUAUCAACAAGAAGAAUGAGAAGGUGUCCGAGGAUGAGAUACGCGCGAUGUACACAGACGAGAAGUUGGAGAGAAUGGGCGACAAGUCGCCGCUGUAUCGGUAUGCGUUGUAA